AUGGCCCAUGCUCCACCUUCUCCUCUGACCCCCAGCAACAUCCCCCGCAACCUAAGCUAUAUUGCAGGCCUGUACGAGAGGGCCUAUUACCGCACGGCCCGUCCAAGCCUUGCGGAGGACUCAGGAACCGAAGGCUCCGAAUCAGAGUCCGAGGGCAGGCCAAGGGGGAGGCCCCGGAGACGUCGCCACCUCUUCGGGGGACCGAGAAAGAGGGGAAGGCGCCGGACUCGCUCUGCCCCUGCUCAGGGCAGGAGCAGAGGGGCAUCGCGCAGCCGGAGUCCUGGGACCCGCAAGAGAGUACGCUUCGCCGACUCGCUGGGCCUGGAGCUCAUCAGCGUGCGGCAGUUCUGGCCCAACGACCUCCCACAGGUGCCGGAGCGGGUCCAGACCCAGCUGAGGCGUGACUCGCUCAGCCACUUUGCGCCAUGUCUGCCGUUCUGCCCGCCGUUGAAGGAACCUUUGAACCUGCAGACUCGCCUGCUGGAACCAACGUUCCCAGAUCCUCUGAGCAUGGCUGAUUUCCUUCCCCGCCUCCUGGCCCAGUGCGUGCUGCUGGAGGGAGUCCGGGCCGAGGGAUCCUGCAUUUCCGGCACUAUCCGUGUGCUCAACCUGGCCUACGAGAAAAGGGUCUCUGUGCGAUACACCUGGGACUUUUGGGCCACGGAGCAUGAAGCUCGAGCGUCCUACGCCGCCCCUGCAGGGCGGGACCGGGACCACGCCGACCGCUUUGCCUUCCGCCUGCCGCUGCCAGUCCCGCUAUCCGCAGGCGUCGUGCUCGAGUUUGCCCUCUGCUACCUGGUAGGGGGGAAGGAGUUCUGGGACAACAACCAGGGGCGUAACUACUCUCUGCGGCCACCUCCUUGCGUGGCGGAGGAAGACGAACCCGCCAGCCCCAUUCAAGAUUGCUGUGAGACGGGCUGGAUACACUUUCUGUAGGCAAAGCCCCAU